AUGGGAUACCAUCAAGAUCUUCCCUCCUUCCUGCCAGUUGAUAAUCCUACUCGGCCAUUCUGGCGCACGGAACCUCACCCAUUAGAUGAACUCCGGAGCACAGAAACUCUUCCAAACCAGAGUGAUAUCGUCAUUAUAGGGGCCGGUUAUUCUGGUGUGAGCAUUGCAUAUCACAUCCUGAAACAUUUGAAAGGCCACAAUACGCCUCACCCCGCGAUUACUAUCCUUGAAGCAAGACAGAUCUGCUCUGGUGCAACUGGUCGAAAUGGUGGCCACCUACGACCCGACUUGUAUGACCGUAUCCCUACCUAUAUAAAGAGACAUGGGGUGGAUGCUGCAGCCGAGGUGGCCAACUUUGAACUCAACCAUAUAAAAGCAAUCAAGAAUCUCCUUGCAGAAGAAAACAUUGACUGUGAUUUCAAUAUCACUCGGUGUCUGAGCGUUUACUUGGAUGAAGCGGCAGGAGAAAAGGCAAAGAAGAAAUAUGAAGACCUAGUGUCACGAGGUCUGGCUUUUGCAGACGACAUACACUACACACCAUCAAAGAAUGCAGAAGGGAUUUCCGGAAUCAAAGGGGCCAAAGCAUGCCUCUCAUACACAUCAGGUACCCUGUGGCCCUACAAGCUUAUAUUGGGUCUCCUUUCGAAGAUUGUGGACUCGCCUGCAGUUAACGUUCAAGCAUUUACCCCGAUUCUUUCCGUAGUAUCUGACAAUUCUGGUCAUAUUAUCCAUACCCCGCGGGGACCCGUCCGCACGUCUAAAGUUGUCUACGCGUCAAAUGCAUACACAUCCGGCCUGCUGCCCGAGUAUUCAGCUAGUAUAGUUCCCUGUCGUGGAAUAUGUUGCCAUAUUGGGGUCCCGGAGAGUAAGACCGCACCAUUCUUGCCUUACUCUUAUGGUAUUGGCACAAAGACUGGCGAAAGCGGCGGCAGCUACCUGAUCUCGAGGCCGGACGGAAGUAUCAUCGUUGGGGGUGCCCAACGCACAUUCAUAGAUCAGAAAGACCAGUGGUAUGGAGUGGUUGAUGAUAGCAUACUGAUAGAACCAACCAAGGACUAUUACAAUGGCUUUAUGCAGCGCACAUUCAGAGGCUGGGAGGAUAGUGGGGCCUACGUGAAGGAUAUUUGGACAGGCAUUAUGGGAUAUUCGUAUGAUACUAGUCCUCAUGUGGGUGAGGUUCCCGGUAGACACGGGCAAUACAUUUGUGCCGGAUUUGAUGGCCACGGCAUGCCAGUGAUAUUCUUGACUGCAAAAGGACUUGCUGACAUGAUCCAACAUGGUAAGAGCUUCGAGGAUGUCCACUUGCCUCGACUUUACAAGUCGACGGCCGCGAGGAUAACGAACGCACAAGAUGGACCGGAAGGAGGCGAUAUAUUCAGUUUGAAUUGA